GUUUUGGGCUACAGCAAGCCGUAAACUGCAAAAUAUACACAUUUUCAUUGCCCAAACUCUUGUUUUCAUACCAUUUAUCUCAGGAAGCUAAGUAGUUAGUUGACAUUGAAAAUGUCUUCGACUGCAAAAGCUAUGCUGAUAAAGUCCAUCACAGAUGAUGUUUACACAAGAAAACUGUUGAGAGGAAAGUAUGCUGAUCAGUUUGAUCUUCUCAGAGCCACUCCAGCUCUUUCCGUUCAUGUUAGCAGGUGGUCUCAUGGUGGUGGCGGUGGUCGAGGUAUCAAGGCAACUGGGCUGUCAAAUUCAAAGAACAGGAGAAGAGAGCCUCCCCUCAUUCGAUCCCAAGCAAUACUUACCCCUGUUUCGGACCAUGCACCAACAACCAAUAAGAGAGUAUUUACUUUCGGCAAAGGUAGAAGUGAGGGCAACAAGGGCAUGAAGUCUUUGUUGGGAGGAAAAGGUGCAAAUCUUGCUGAAAUGGCAAGUAUUGGUUUAUCUGUCCCGCCUGGACUGACGAUAUCAACAGAAGCAUGCGAAGAAUAUCAGCAGAGUGGCAAGAAGCUGCAGCAAGGAUUGUGGGAGGAAAUAUUGGAAGGUUUAGGCAUCGUGGAGAAGGAUAUGGGAGCUUUUCUUGGGAACCCUUCCAAGCCACUCCUCCUCUCUGUUAGAUCCGGUGCAGCGAUUUCGAUGCCAGGCAUGAUGGAUACAGUCCUAAACCUUGGACUAAAUGAUGAGGUUGUUGCUGGUUUGGCUGCAAAAAGUGGUGAGCGUUUUGCAUAUGACUCGUACAGAAGGUUCCUCGACAUGUUUGGAAAUGUUGUGAUGGACAUUCCACAUUCUCUAUUUGAGGAAAAGCUGCAAAAGUUAAAGGAUGAAAAGGGCAUAAUGCUGGACACUGACCUAUCUGCCUCUGAUCUCAAGGAGCUGGUAGAACAGUACAAGAGUGUCUACCUUGAGGCCAAGGGAGAAAAGUUUCCCACAGACCCAAAAAUGCAGUUGGAAUUGGCAGUCAAGGCAGUAUUUAGUUCAUGGGACAGUCCUCGGGCUAUUAAAUAUAGGAGCAUUAAUCAAAUAACUGGUUUGAAGGGAACUGCAGUUAACAUCCAAAGCAUGGUUUUUGGAAACAUGGGAAACACUUCUGGUACUGGUGUUCUCUUCACCAGGAACCCAGGCACCGGUGAGAAGAAGCUCUAUGGGGAGUUUCUGAUAAAUGCUCAGGGAGAGGAUGUUGUAGCUGGCAUUAGAACACCUGAGGACUUGGAUACCAUGAAGAAUUGUAUGCCUGAAGCUUACAAGGAACUUGUUGAGAAUUGUGAAAUUUUAGAAAGACAUUACAAAGACAUGAUGGAUAUUGAAUUCACUGUUCAAGAAAAUAGGCUAUGGAUGUUGCAAUGUCGAUCUGGAAAACGCACAGGCAAAGGUGCAAUAAAGAUUGCUGUGGACAUGGUCAAUGAACGGCUUGUUGACACUAGCACUGCAAUCAAAAUGGUGGAGCCACAGCAUCUUGACCAACUUCUUCAUCCACAGUUUGAGGAUCCAAAUGCUUACAAAGACAAAGUGAUUGCAAAGGGCCUGCCUGCAUCACCUGGAGCAGCAGUUGGGCAGAUUGUCUUUAGUGCUGAGGAUGCUGAAACAUGGCACACGCAAGGAAAGUGUGUCAUUUUGGUGAGAACUGAAACCAGUCCCGAGGACGUUGGAGGAAUGCAUGCAGCUGCCGGAAUCUUGACAGCUAGAGGUGGCAUGACAUCUCAUGCAGCUGUUGUAGCUCGUGGCUGGGGAAAAUGUUGUGUUUCAGGUUGUGGUGACAUCCGCGUAAAUGAUGCUGAAAGGGCUCUAGUUGUAGGAGGUAAAGUAAUUAAUGAAGGAGAAUGGAUUUCACUAAAUGGUUCGACGGGUGAAGUGAUAUUGGGUAAACAACCACUGGCUCCACCUGCCAUGACAGGUGAUUUGGAGAUCUUCAUGUCAUGGGCUGACAAAAUAAGACGGAUUAAGGUGAUGGCAAAUGCAGAUACACCUGAUGAUGCACUUACUGCAAGGAACAAUGGUGCUGAAGGAAUUGGUUUAUGUCGAACAGAGCACAUGUUCUUUGCUUCUGAUGAAAGAAUAAAGGCCGUUAGGAAGAUGAUAAUGGCAAUUUCCCUGGAGCAGAGGAAGGAAGCCCUGGACUCGUUGUUGCCUUAUCAACGAUCUGAUUUUGAGGGCAUUUUCCGUGCUAUGGAUGGUCUUCCUGUCACAAUUCGGCUGCUAGACCCUCCACUUCAUGAGUUUCUCCCAGAAGGCAACCUUGAAGAAAUUGUUGGUCAACUAACUACAGAUACAGGCAUGUCGGAAGAUGAAGUUUACUCGAGGAUUGAGAAAUUAUCAGAAGUGAAUCCAAUGCUUGGAUUUCGAGGAUGCAGACUUGGAAUAUCGUAUCCGGAGUUGACAGAAAUGCAAGUGCGGGCAAUUUUUGAGGCUGCAGUCUCUCUUAGAAAUCAAGGCUUUACAGUACUCCCAGAAAUUAUGGUGCCCCUUGUUGGAACACCUGAGGAAUUAGGCCAUCAAGUAAGCUUAGUACGAAAUGUUGCUGAAAAAGUCUUCUCAGAGAUGGGUGCCUCACUGAGCUAUAAGGUGGGAACCAUGAUAGAAAUCCCAAGAGCUGCUCUUGUUGCAGAUGAGAUUGCUAAGGAAGCAGAAUUCUUUUCCUUUGGGACAAAUGACCUCACUCAAAUGACAUUUGGGUACAGUAGAGAUGAUGUUGGCAAGUUUCUCCCCAUUUACUUGGCUAAAGGCAUUCUACAAGCAGAUCCAUUUGAGGUACUUGAUCAGAAGGGUGUCGGCCAACUCAUCAAGAUCGCUACAGAAAGAGGCCGUGCAGCGAGGCCGAGCUUGAAGGUCGGAAUUUGUGGAGAACAUGGAGGGGAACCUUCUUCUGUUGCCUUCUUUGCUGAGGCUGGACUUGACUAUGUUUCAUGCUCUCCAUUCAGGGUCCCCAUUGCAAGGCUAGCAGCAGCUCAAGUUGCAGUAGAAUGACAAGGAAUUCUGGGCAAAAAAGCCCUUCUAUUGUCUGUUCCAUCGGGAUAGUUGUGUAUAAAUAAGUAUACAUGUAUAGUCGUUGCAGAUGAACAUUGAGAUAAAAAGUCCAUGUAAUGUAGAAACAAAUAAAAGGACAAUAUAUUGGAUGUUGCUGUGUAUAUAAUAAAUAGUUGAUUGAA